AUGCCAACUCUGGAAUACGCAAACGGGUCAAAUUUGCGAAGACUUAAGGUCCGUGUAGGAGAUAUGGCAUAUAUGCCUUUAGCUCUGAUGACUGAAGCCGAGCUCACUAAAGGUACCGAAAUUUGGAACCUAGCAACGGGUGAGCUUAGGACAAUGGAUAAUGAGUCAGAAUCUGCAGAUGACGAUAGUCUGGUGUUUCCCUCGCUUAACUUUUCGUUGGACUGGGAGCUUUGGAGUAUGAAAUAUAGCUUCGACAGCAGGAACUACCUUUGGAACCCAGCAACCAGGAAGUCAGUGGUUUUACAAGAUGAUACUAGAUUCAAGACACCAAUCUUUCAACGAUAUUACAUAAACAAAGACUGGAUAAUCGAAGGGAUGGAUAAUGGGAGUCAGCGUUACGUUCUCUGGCUCCCUACGGAAUAUCGAAUCGCAGACUGGAAUUCAAGGAGCUAUGAUGGACUAAUAUGCAUAGGAUUGGAAUCGGGAAGAAUAUUUUGCUUGAAGAUCGGGCCUGGUGAAGACGAUGGGUUUAUGAAAAAUGUGGGGAAAUGGGGAGGUGAGUCCGAUAUAAAUGAGGAAUCUGAGGGAGAAGAAUUAGAAGAGGAAAACCUAGAAGAGCCAGAAAAGGAAAGUGAUUGGGUGAGCAAUAGUUCUGAUGAAGAAGAGGGGAAGACGAGGUCUUCCGGGAGAAUGGAAUCAAAAAGGGAGCCUCCGAGUCAGAAAGAAGCAGAGAAAAAACUUUUUAAAAAAGGGCAAAGAAGGUUUUGA